AUGGCCUCUCCAUCCCAGCAGCGUGCUCUUCAUACCGUGCAACGAGUCCAGGGCAGCAGCUUCGACAUAGCGCUCAUCCAGCUCGGCGACAUCGGAACGGACAAGGCUAAGAACAUCGACAAUGCUCGCCGCAAGAUGGACGAGGCCAUGCAAGUAAAGCAGCCACCGCACUUGCUAGUCCUGCCGGAAUGCUUCAAUUCGCCCUACGGCGUCGACUUCUUCCCCGAGUACGCAGAGACGAUACCCUUCAGACCUGGCCAGACACAGCCGACGCUGCAUGAGAAAGCCGUAUCCGCGGGCAGCCCGUCUGUCGACAUGCUCAGCCGGACCGCACGGGACCACAAGAUCUGGCUCAUCGGCGGAUCCAUACCUGAGCGGGACGCGUCGACCGGCAAGCUCUACAACACUGCUACGGUGUACAACACGGCUGGCGACUUGAUCGCCGUCCACAGGAAGCUCCACUUGUUCGACAUUGACAUCCCGGGCGGCAUCACCUUCAAAGAGUCGCAAACGCUCACUGGCGGCGAUCGCGUGACGCUGGUCGACACCGACAUGGGCAGACUGGGUCUUGGCAUCUGCUAUGAUCUGCGAUUCCCAGAGAUGGCCAUGAUAGCCGCUCGAAAGGGUGCAAUGGCUAUGAUCUACCCCGGCGCCUUCAACACGACGACAGGACCACCCUAUUGGGAGAUCUUGCAACGAGCUAGAGCGGUCGACAAUCAGAUCUUUGUCGCCGCCUGCAGCCCUGCUCGACCAGAGUCUGGCUAUCCCGCCUAUGGAUUCUCGAUGGUCACUGAUCCUACGGGCAAAGUCAUUGCGGGGGCGAAAGAGGCGCCCGAGACCGUCUAUGCUUGCAUUGAUGUCGAGACGAUCAACAAGACUCGUCAAGGCGUGCCCAUUACCGCUCAGCGACGCUUCGAUGCCUAUCCUGACGUGGCCUCGGGCACAUCAAGCUAG